CCACAGAAAGGGGUGCUGCAGGCACAUGAUACCUCUUCAUUAUCCACAGUAACCAUGAGAAACAAAAGCUCACAACCGAAGGAGCGCCCUCGCUCUGCAAUCCUUGCUCCUGAUGAAAACACCGUAACCUCAAUAUUCAAUAACAGGAGAUCACAACAGCCUACAGCACUUUCGAAAAGUGUCUCGAUACAGAACAUUGCAGGAGUCGGGAAUGAUGACAACUUAAUAAACACUUGGAAAUUCCUGUCGCAGUCAACAGACUCCUUAAAUAAAAUCAGCCGGGUUAAUGAGUCCACGGAAUCACUGGUUGAUGAAGGUGCAGACAUGAAUGAGGGACAGCUGAUGGGAGACCUGGAAUUCGAUUCCAAGCAGCUGGAGGCAGAGUCCUGGAGCCAAGUAGUGGACACCAAGUUCUUACAGCAGCAGAACAAAGAUGUUGUCAUGCGGCAAGAUGUCAUUUACGAGCUAAUGCAGACUGAAAUGCAUCACGUCCGCACCCUGAAGAUCAUGAACGAUGUAUACAGCGCAGGGAUGUUGAAGGAACUGCAGUAUGAUCAACAAGUCGUGGACAAGAUCUUUCCCUGCCUGGAAAACUUGCUGCACAUCCACAGUCACUUCUUCCAGCGGAUUCUGGAAAGGAAGAAGGAGUCAUUGGCAGACAAAAACGAAAAGAACUUUGUUAUAAAGAGGAUAGGUGACGUCUUGGUGAAUCAAUUCUCCGGUGAGAGCGCUGAGCGAAUGAAGAAAACAUACGGCAAAUUCUGCGGGCACCACAAUGAGGCAGUAAAUAACUUCAAAGAUUUGUACUCGAAGGACAAGCGGUUUCAGGCAUUUGUCAAGAAAAAAAUGAGCAGCUCCCUGGUGAGGCGUCUUGGGAUUUCUGAAUGUAUCUUGUUGGUAACACAGAGAAUCACAAAGUACCCAGUCCUGUUACAAAGGAUCCUGCAGUACACCAAAGAAAAUGAAGUGGAACACGAAGAUUUGACUCAGGCAUUAAACCUCAUUAAAGAUAUGAUCGCUGCAGUCAAUAACAAAGUCAGCAAUUACGAAAAGAAAAUGCGUCUUAGUGAGAUUUACAACCGGACGGAUAGCAAGUCCAUCAUGAGGAUGAAGAGCGGCCAGAUGUUCGCAAGAGAGGACUUGAGACAUCGGAAGCUCAUCCGAGAUGGGCCUGUUUCACUGAAAAAUGCAGCUGGCCGCUUGAAAGAAGUCCAGGCUGUUCUCCUCUCUGACGUGCUCGUAUUCCUUCAGGAGAAGGACCAGAAGUAUGUCUUUCCCUCACUGGACCAGAAAUCCACUGUGAUCUCUCUGAAGAAGCUGAUCGUACGGGAAGUGGCUCAUGAGGAGAAGGGCUUGUUCCUGAUCAGCAUGGGUGUAAAAGAUCCCGAAAUGGUGGAAGUCCAUGCCAGCUCCAAAGAAGAGCGUAACAGCUGGAUACAGAUCAUUCAAGACACAAUGAACACCAUGGAUAGAGAUGAAGAUGAAGGAGUCCCUUGUGAGUCCGAGUUUGAAAAGAAGGUGUCGGAUGCGAAAGUGAGAGGACUGAAAGAACAACUUCAGCAGAAGGAUAAGCAGAUCCUCCUCUUGCUGGAGGAGAAGGCCAAGAUCUUCCGGGACAUGGCAGACAGCUCUGUGCAAGAGGAAAUGCCAGGCUCCAGGCUGCUCUUCAGAGCCAACACAGAAGAGGCACCAAAAGGAGAGGCCAUUAUGAAAACAGCAAUAAAUGAAGUUGAACUGCUGCAAGACCUGGUGAACAGGAGCCUGGGCACUGCCCUGGGGCAGCAGGUCAGCAGCGCUGCCCUGGAGCAAGAAGGAGGAGUUGGCCCCAUCUCUCUCCCCAGGAGGGCAGAAACUUUUGGAGGAUUCGACAGUCAUCAGAUGAACGCCUCCAAGUGUGGAGCGAAAGAUGAAGGCGAUGAAGCUCAGGACCUGCGGAGAACAGAGUCAGACAGCAUUUUAAAGAAGGGUGGAAAUGCUAAUCUGAUGUUCAUGUUGAAAAGGAAUAACGAGCAGGUCCUCCAAACCAUUACCAGCCUCCAUAAGCUGCUCAGUGCUUUGCAGGGCGUCGUGCUGCAGCAGGACACCUACAUUGAGGACCAGAAGCUGGCUCUGAGCGAGAGGGCUCUGACCCGAAGCUUCUUCCGGCCAACCUCGCUGCUGGAGCAGGAAAAGCAGCGCAACCUGGAAAAGCAGCGCCAGGAAUUGGCCAACCUGAAGAAACAGCAGAUGCAGCACCAGGAGGAGCGGCGGAAGAGAGAAAAGGAGUGGGAAGUCCGGGAGAAGGAGCUGGCGGAGAAGGAGGCCCAUCUGGCCCAGCGAGAGGAGCAGGUCCAGAAAGGGUGGCAGGAUCUUGAGCGAGAGCGAGAGGAACUGCAGGUGAAGAAGGCCUCCUACCAGCUUGACCUGGAGAGGCUUCGCUCAGCGCAGAAGCAGCUGGAGAGGGAGAAGGCGCAGUUCAAGCAAGACAUGGAGCAAUUAGCUCAAAUGCAGCAGGAGCCUGACCACAACCAGCUUUCAAAUCUACAUGAGAAACUUGCAAGAAUCCCCUCCCAGUCCAGCACUGACGACUCCUCCAAGCAGAAGAGCCCUUCCCUUCCUAAACAAGGGCACUUUGAUGCAGAACUGUCUGUCUCCCCUAAAAGGAACAGUCUUUCAAGGACACACAAAGAGAAAAGCACUUUUCAUUUGCUUAGCACAAUAAACCAGACUAACAAGGCAGCUGAGGAACAGCCCCAGAUGCCUACCCGCCUUUUCAGUUUAGCCAAACCAAAGGAGAAGAAGGAGAAGAAGAAAAAGGGCAGGGGACAUCGCUCCCAACAGUCUGAUUCUCACUCAUCAGAAGCACCUCCAGAGGGUGAGGAGAUCUUCUGCUGAACACAGACGGUCCCAUCAGCGACUUUUGGCAUUGGUACCAUGGA